GUUCAUUAUGACUGCACGUCCCUCAAGGAAGGAAAACUCCUAAAGGCGUGGUUUUAUUGUUGCUCAGACACACACCUGUAACCGAAAACCAUUAAGGACGCUGCUGGCGGCGUCCAUUUUAACCUACAAUUGAGAAUAUAAAAUGGUGGAACAAGCACUACAAGUGAGCAGUGCCAUUUCCCCUCAGGCUGGACCUAGCGAGGUGGAAAACCACAUUCUCUCCGAGAUCAACAUGAGGAGAGCUACUCAGCAAAUUGGUCGUCAGCUGGCUCAGAUCGGAGAUGAACUGAACAGCACGUGGAGGGAGAAACUCCCUCAGCAACGACACCUAGACUGGCAGUUUCGUCCGAACAUAUUGAUCUGGAGAGCCUUCAACAGGAGGAUCAUUGGCAGCCUUCAGUGGUCUAAGAUCAUGCCGAUGAUAAGAGCAUCCAGGCUGGUUCCAGAGCUGCACAUACAAGCCUGCCAGGGAACUAUGAAGUGGAUCAACUGGGUAAAGCCACACUUUCCUGGUUGGUCCUGCAAGACAAAAUGUUUCCUAGCUUCUGCUGCACUGCUAUUAGCUGCAACUGUCUUUAAUGCAACCAAGAUUUAAGGCACCAUCCAGAAAAAGGCCAAGAGCGGGUCUUUGGCGGGUCUUCGAAUGGGUCAAGAAGGAAAAUUAUAUGUGUUCAUUUUUUAUAUAAUUUUAUAUAUGAUUGUUUUCUACCUGAGUGCUGGUUCACACGAUUUUUGUAAGUUGUUUGAUGCCGUUGUUGGUUUACUGUAGGGUCUGUUGCUGGUUAAUUGGGCCGUUCAUGCUCUCACCUCUUCUUCUAAAAGAACUGCUAUACUAUUAUAGGAAGCUGGACUUUCAAUCUGAUGUUUUUACUGUAAUGCAAAUAAUAAUAAAGUUGUUGGAUGGAAUCUA